AUGAACAGUCUCGGUGAGGGUAAGGAAGUUUACGGUGGUAACGAUCAGCUCUAUCCAGACUACGUUGAAGAUGGCCUGGAAAGUGCGGGAUGCACCUACGCCUCCAGCGAGACCCGUACGAUCAUAUCUCGUCGCCCUACGACAACGCUCCCGGUCAUCCUGUCAUUUACAUCGUAUUCGGUACAAGCCUUGACUGCCCCUAUCUCAGACGGCAAACCGGGCUACGAUGAAUCCAGCACCGAAAGCUGGAUUCCUGUCAUCCAUACUCCAACAUUGAUAUUGAUCAUUGUCACCACUAACACAUCCUCUUUCGCAAUGCCAUCCGAACGUCUAAUCCGGACCCGGCUGACAAUCCUAUUUUUCAGCAUUAUUUCACUCGCCAUAUCCGUUCUCAACUCGGCCAACGCACGCUCCGCUGUCAUCUUGCGAGACAGAGCCAGGUCCGACUAUGCGAGCGCUUCUCAUGCUAGCCUGGCUAUCAGCUUUGAGUCGCUGCAGAAGAACAUUCUUUUGGACGUGCUACCUACGGCGAUGCUCAGCGCCGGCUUGGCCAUUUACGGACUUGUUGUAGCACUGCACCCAAGAUUUCUGUGGGAUCACGGGAGUGCUUGGAAACUCUACGCGAUCGCCAAGAUAAUUAUAUCAUUUGUUAUGAUUGGCGCUGGGGGCUACCUUGCGGACCAUGUCCAUGAUCUUCAAAGCGCCUUCGCAAUCUUCAACGCGAGCGACAAAAUGCCGUACUUCAGCUUGAUGUACUAUGGCGGUAUCGCUCAGGCAGUGUAUGGAUCUGUCUUGGUCUUGUUUGCCAUUAUAAUUGUCAUUGUUGUUAUUGCGAUUGAUCGCUAUCAGGCGAAGGACAGCGCUUUGAAUUCUACAGCACAUCAUGCAUACCAUCUCUGA